GAUCUAUAUACCUAAGCCUGCCAGUCACCUAAUCUGUACAAUUGAGCGAAGGAAUUUUUGAGAGCACGUCAACACCUGCAUGGCCAGCAUGGCUUUUUCGACUUAGUAUACCAUCUGCAAUUCAAGUUCUCCGUCUUACUAUUCCUCUCGUUUACUUACCGCCAUUCUUCACCUAUUAUAGCCCCUCUUUAACAUUUGUAGAUCUCAGGUCUAUCUGUACAUACAUUGACCUUCAGCGCGACAACCAGACCUACGACUUUCCAGCCGGCUGUUGCAGCCAACUGCAGGCCUAUCCUGCAUGAUGGAUCCGACCACCGGUGACGGCUCCAACGCGCUCGCUAAAAAGAUACCACAUGAGACCAUCGAGCGAACGGCAUCUUCCUCGUCGUCCAUCCAUCAGCACGAGGCCGUGCUCAGCCAAAGAACACCAGGCUCGCCCGACGUGCCCAAUGAGCCGACAACCGCCGUGCUUGGAACCGGCGAAUAUGCCAAUGGGUAUCACUUCCCCCCAAAGUACCCAAUCAAGGAGCAAAUUCAGUGGGGCCUAAAUGCGUACUGGGACUUCUACAACACGGGCUUCGGCCUUUUCUUUACUGUCUACGCACUUAACGUCAUCGGCUGGGGUUUCAUGAUAGUGCUUUUGCUUGCUGGAGCAGCGCCUGAAAUGUGCUGGGUGGACGGAAAAUACAACUGCGAUGACAUUAAUUCUCCGCGUCGGAUAUGGAUCGAGAUUGAUUCCCAGGUCUUGACGGCGCUUUUCAGUGCGACGGGGUUUGGAAUGGCCCCUUGGCGAAUCCGAGAUCUCUAUCUCCUACUCCGAUACCGUAUAAAUAAAGACCAGAAGGCCUUGCGGAGACUUGUCGGAGUCCAUCGGGCCUGGAUGCGUCUUGAAGGCUCCGAGAAGUUGCCACCAACGCUCGGCCCCAAGAAUAUCGAAGAAACCACAACGUCUUACGACGAGAACACUGUUCCAUAUCCUAUCGAGACCAUUCCCGAUGCUCCCCCGACUGGUAUUCGUGCGCAACCCUCAAAGCUCUGGAAAAUGGAUAUUAUCACUUGGCUCAACAUCUGGUACAUUGUGUUCCAGGCUGCUUUAUCUGGGGUCAUGUGGUUUCUUAGCCGCUACAAUAGACCGCCAUGGACGACGGGGGUUCUGUUUGCGCUGACCUUUAUCACAUCAUCCACUGCAGGUAUCAUAGAAGUAAUGCAGGUGCUUAACGUGAGAGCAAUAGAAGGUGUGCCGUUGACCAAGAGAGAUAUACAGAGGCUUGCCCGCGAUAAAGAGCUUGGGAUCCCACACUACAACAAUAUCAGAGACAGGGACCCCCAAGAGGAGGAGCGGAAAAGAGCCAAGAAGAUGGCGAGAAAGAAGAAGGGCUUCUUUCACGGCAGUGAAAAGCCGGCGUUGGAGAGCGUUUGAUUAAGUAACCACCUCUAGGCUACUAAUGCAUGCAUGCUGAUCUUUUUUUUUUUUUGAGGCAACUGGAUAGAGUACUGCUAAGGUUAGAGUAAAGCGAGGCGCUGGUGGGGGAUAAGUUGACCUAGUGACUCUUUUAUCUGUACAUACAGUACUAGUAAAUAACAAUGAUUCAAGUUUUACAUAAUACUACUAUGUAGUUGGGAUUAACGACUUGAAGUCCUACAAAGAAGUAGGCUGGAGCCAUCAGGUAAUAUCUAGACUCUGAAGCGUAUAGGCAGAGACAUCUCUUGUACCUAACUUACUCGUAAU